CUAAGCGAGACAGGCGUUACCACCGUCCAAGAUUGAAUUUAAGAAGCGCGCGGUGGUGCCUCGCAGAUAAGAAGCGGUGGAACACGCGGGGGAUUCUCUGCCCCCGCCUCCGAGUCUGAUUUGGUCUCGUGCGUCUCUCCCGAAAACUGUCAAGCUCUGUGCAGAAGACUCUGACGACCUUGACGAUGGCGGAUACUGGAGUGCAAACGACCCUCGGCGACCGGCGGCGCGUGGACAUUGCGAUCGCUGACGAGGACCUCCUUGCGAGCCUGGGAUACAAGCAAGAGUUCCGGAGAGAGUUCAGCGCUUUGGAGACGUUCGGCAUUGCAUUCAGUAUCAUUGGACUGCUGCCAUCCAUUGCCUCUGUCUUAUCGACCUCCAUCCCCAACGGCGGUCCCUCCGCCAUGGUCUGGGGGUGGGCCGUAGCCAGCCUCUUCAUUCUUUUAGUGGGAAUGUCUAUGGCCGAGUUGGCCUCCGCGGCUCCAACCUCCGGUGGGCUGUAUUUCUGGGCGCACUCCCUCUCGUCUCCAAGGUGGCGUAAUCUUCUCGCGUGGAUCGUCGGAUAUGCAAAUACGAUUGGCUCCAUUGCAUCCAUCGCCUCUAUCGACUGGGGAUGCGCAGUGCAAAUCAUGGCUGCCGCCAGCAUCGGGUCCGAGGAUCAGAGCUUCUCUCCCACAGAGGGCCAGAAAUUCGGCGUGUACGCGUUGAUCCUGUUGACGCAUGCUCUCAUCUGUUGCUUCGGCACGAAGAUCCUGGCGCGGCUGCAGACGGUCUAUGUCGUGCUGAAUGUCUUGCUCUGUCUGGCUGUGAUCAUCGCCCUUCCGGCGGCGACACCCAAGGAGUACAUGAACAGCGCUAGCUUUGCCUUCGGCGACUUCUCCAACUUCAAUGGAUGGCCAAGCGGCUUCGCAUUCAUCCUCAGCUUUCUCGCUCCGCUGUGGACGAUUUGCUCUUUCGACUCCAGCGUGCACAUCAGCGAGGAGGCAUCGAACGCCGCCACCGCAGUGCCAUGGGCCAUCGUCCUGGCCAUCGCCAUCGCUGGCGUGCUGGGAUGGGCAAUCAACGUCGCAUUGGCAUUCUGCAUGGGCACUAAUCUCGAUGCGAUCGUGAACAGCCCUGUCGGGCAGCCGAUGGCGCAGAUCUUCUUCAAUAGCUUCGGGCAGAAGGGCACGCUCGCGCUCUGGUCGUUCGUCGUUCUCGUGCAGUACAUGAUGGGCUCUAGCAUGGUGCUGGCUGCGUCGCGCCAGAGCUUCGCAUUCGCACGCGAUGGCGCGCUGCCGUUCUCGAACUGGUUGUAUCGCAUGAACAGGUUCACGCGCACGCCGGUGAACACGGUGUGGUUCACGUGCGGGUGCGCACUCCUCCUUGGCCUGCUGGCAUUUGCGGGCGAGCAGGCGAUCGGCGCGGUGUUCUCGCUGUCCGUCGUCGCGCUUUACAUCGCUUACUCUAUCCCCAUUGCGGCUCGCUUCCUUGGAGACAAUGACUUCCAGCCGGGGCCGUUCAACCUGGGCUGGUUCAGCGGCCCGGUGGCGUUCAUGGGGCUCGCGUGGAUGGGCUUCAUGUCUGUCGUCUUCCUGUUUCCAACGACGCCGCAGACGAACACUCAAGAGAUGAACUACACAAUCGUCGUGCUCGGCGGCGUGAUGAUCCUCUCACUCGUCUGGUAUUACCUGCCCAAGUACGGUGGCAUCCACUGGUUCACCGGGCCUAUCCCGACGAUAGAGAAGACCGCAGCGAACUCGCGCCGCGGCUCGAUGGAUUCGGUGGAAAAGUCGAAGGCAAAGGAUGUCGUCGUUUCUGAGCAGCAAUUGGUGUGAAGACGGUGGUGAGGGGUAUUGUCCGAGGUGAAAAUUUACGAGGGCUGUAGACACAUAGGAAAGCGAGUGACUCAGCCUCGAUGUAUAAUGCGAGUGCUGAGGUAGCAGGAAAAGAUUGAGCGCGCUUGU